GGUAGGUUCUCCGCGUGCCGGAAGUUGACAGUCACCGAUCAGAAGACACCUGAAAGUCAUCAGCGUAACAUUCCCAGGGAGUCGCAAAAGGACGUGAUAUCGUUUUCGGAGAUAACGUGACAUAUUAACAGAAGUUAUUUCAUUAGUUAAAUUGUGACGGUGCUAGCUAGAAUAACCGGUGGACCACUAGUGAAACGCUCGCUUCGGUGACAUCAGUGAUCGUAUCAACAUUCAGGCGGCUCGGUUAAAAACGGUUAUUAUCAGCAUCUAGAGAAAAGUACAGACAUGGCAAGGGGCCUCGGUAGAGUAUUCAGCGGCCUUAAACGUCUCGUCACACUCUCUGUCAUGUGGUCCAUGAAACAUCCGAUAUACAGCGUUUCAUCAAGAACCCCCCCCGUACGGAGCAUGGCGCUGCUGCCGUUGCCCUGUUCUAAGAUUCAGGACUUCAGCCUGCCAAACUCCACAUGGAAUUCAGAAAUGCUGCAGUUGUACAAGCAUUAUAACAGCCUGUGUGAGGUGGAGACAGAGGGAGGGGAGAAGGAAGGGCAGUGGAAGAAGAUACCCGGGUACAACCGCCUUCUUAAGUAUGCCACAGGUGGAGUGUAUCUAAGUAAGAUCAUCCAGUCAAAAGCUCGCCUUUUUACCCGGAACAUCAAUGAACCAGGGGCCGGAUUUGAGUAUGUGUUGUUCGUUAACCGUGAGGAGCAGAAGUGUGUGGGCAUUUGGCAGUGUGGACACCUGCUAGAGGGACCACCAGGGCAUGUCCAUGGGGGGGCAAUAGCCACCAUGAUUGAUACUGUAACAGGGUGUGUUGCUUCUCUCACUGGAGCUGUUAUGACGGCCAACCUUAACAUCAACUACCGCAGCCCCAUCCAGCUGGGCACCACAGUGGUGAUCGAAACGGUUGUGGAAAAGAUAGAAGGCAGAAAAAAGUUUAUUUUGUGUAAAGUGACGAGCCCUGAUGGCACGAAACUGCACACAGACGCAACAGCACUGUUCCUGUCAAUCGAUAUCAACAAGCUACUACUGGGAAGGUGACAUGAACACAGCUGCUGUCCACCUACCUGAAUACUGUUGUCAAGAUGAGGCCGCUGCGAAUGUGUGUGUGUGUGAGAACAUGUGAGUGUGUCAUUAUAUGAUCAAUGAUUUAAGAGAUACCACUCUGAA